CGGCUACCGCAUUAUACGUAUAGACUGUAAUUGUAUAUAUAAAGAGAGUUUAAUUGAACCGCACUUCUACAUUCCUCUUCGCUUCCGUUAUACAACAAAAACAUACGCCUGGCUCGGAACACCUGACCCCCACUAUGGCAUCCUAUAAAGUUACCAACUGUCAUCCUUCGCAUACGGUUGCCUUUGGUGAGACCAUACAACACGACAGUGACGAAAAUACAAACGAAGCUAUACCUGCACUCAUCACGAGCUUGGACGAAUUUCCACCUUUACAAUCGUCUGCAAGCACUGCUGGAAAACUAGCACAAGACAUCCGAGAAUGGCAGGUUAUCCUUCCACGAGAUGCCGACAUCAACGAGGGUCUCACAAUUUCUUCCGGCAUUGAAUACAAUGAUACUACUGAGGAUGAUGGUUUCGACAACGACAAAGAUACUGCUUCUGACUGGCAACAUGUUGAAUAUCAAAAGUUGUCGCAGUCAUCUUUUGCUGAGAUUGCCGCUCGUGCUGGUGAAGACCAUUCGCCUAUUCCAAACGAACGAUUUUUCACGAGCAUCCGAAAGCACAAGAAUGAAUCACAGCGAUCAGAAAAGAACGCCGUUAAAUAUGAUAAAUCUAGUGCAUCGACUACAACGCAGAAACAAGUUGAUUAUGGUGAGACGUAUGACCACUACUGUUACGGCCAUCGAUCGCUGCAUCAUCACUACAAUGUCUUCAAGGCAAGCCGCGAAAGUGUCGAGCUACGAAAGCAUUACGCACUUCGACGCAAGCAGAACACGAUCGAGAUCGCCUUCCGUCGUCGCAUGCGAACCUUGCCUGAAACCUUGGCCCGCCAGGAAAACCGUAGCAACAAAAUCAGGAAACUAAUCCAGGUCGUUGAAUCAAAGAAAAAGGCUGCUGAAGACAACUUAUGCCCCACUGUAUGGAAUCAAUGGGUGCCAAGUCUUCCAUGGCAUGGCACGAGUUUCUCGCAUAUUUUUGGCAGCAAGAACCCCAACCAGAAAGGCCACAAAAAGAAAGUGUACAGCAAUAUAACCAAGGCGAAUCUCGUUCGUACUCAGUUGUUGAAUGGUUUGAUUGAACACGGAAUGAUUGCUGAGCCAACCGCCGGAAAGCAGACGACCCUCCGGGAAGAAGAAGAACGCGCGAUCGAAAUGUACGCUCGUAGAAUCGCAUGUAGAAAUCAUCGAGCCCUCAUACAAGCUUGGUGUUACGGCAAGGAAUGGCAAUACUACGGCACCCUUCUUAUUGCUUUGCAAGACAUUUUAGAAACUCGAUAUCGGAAGAUGCUGAAUGACUUGACUUAUGGUUACAACGAGAAAGGCAGUGAUAAAGCAAUCUUGAAGUUGUUGUACAAGGAGCUUCCACGCUGCUACUACAAACCUGGAAAUAGAAAGUAUCGAAAGCAGCAUGUCCAAUUUUUUGUACAAAAACAAAAAAACAAAAACGAGGAGCUAUAACGCUCUACAUAUUAAACAGACGUUUUAUAAUAAAAAC